AUGUCCCAACCCAAGAAAACAUUACUGGAACGUUAUGCGAUACCGGUGCAUCAUUUGGAUUUCAAAUAUAUAGCCGAGUGUAAUGAUGGUCGGGAAAUUGAGAAAAUCGUGCACAUCCUACGAUCCGGUGAGGAAGGUUAUUAUCCCGAUCUGACCAAAUGUGCCGAAGAAAAAUUACGUGAGCUUAAGCCACAGAGUCGUCUCUUUCGGGUGGAGGAACAAAUACGUGGACGUGAGGCCCUACCCGAGCAGGAAUGGAAACCGAUUUAUGAUUGGAAUAAGGAUAUAAAAACAAAAGAUAAGACCCUACAACAAUUGAGUAAGGAGGCGAGUGGGGAACCUCAAUUGCCACCGGUACGCAAACAAGCUCAAAUUUCCUUAAAGAAGUUAGAAAAUCAAUCUUCGGGAAAUUCCAAAAAAGAAACAAAUUCGCAACAAAAGGUAGAGCGUAUCAAAUCCACCGAUUAUAGCAAAUGGGACAAAUAUGAUCCUGAAGAAGAAAUUCUACGCCAGGACUUGGCCGAAGAACGGGCCCAAGAGGAAAUUGAAAGAAAAAAUCGUUUAAAUUUACAGAAAAUUAAAACCACUUCGCCAACAAUUGAAGAAAUUUUCGAAGACAGUGAGAAGGAAAAGGAUGAUGGACCGAAACUCAGCGAUAUUGAAAAAGAAAAAUUAUCCGAAGAAUUCCGUUUACGUGGCAAUGAAUAUUUUCGCUCCAAGGAUUAUGAUUUUGCAUUGGCCGAAUAUACCAAGGCAAUACAAAUAUAUCCUGAAAAGGCCGUUGGUCCCUAUAAUAAUCGAGCCGUAACAUAUAUUAAACAACAAAAGUUCAGUGAGGCCAUCAAAGAUUGUGAGUCCUGUCUGGCAUUGGAUCCGAAAAAUCUAAAAGCCCGGCUACGUUUGGCCGAGGCAAGUUAUGCCUAUGGCCGAAGAAGGGAGUCCUAUCAACUCUAUAUCAAUGUCCUGGAAGUUGAUCCGGAAAAUUCGGUAGCUCUUAAGGCCAUAACGGAAUUGCGUAAAAUAUUUGAAGAUUUGCCACCACCCAAUGCUCGAAGAAUGCAAAUAAUUGAUGAAGGUUCAUCUUCGAAAAAGACCGAGUCGAAAACUAAUUCAACCUCUGUGAAAUCCGGAAUAGAAAUCAAGAAAACAGUGACGAUUCCCAAAAGUCCACCGAAAGGAGAAACCAAAAUCAAAGAUUAUGACUUGGCUGAUUUAGUUAAACCCAAUCGUUUAAUUAAAAAUAAAAUAUUAAAAGCUGCUGAAAAUUUGGGAAAAUUGCAAACAAAACCUUCCAGCAAGGGUGCCGCUGCAGGAGAUCAGAAACCGGCAAUUGAAACUAAGAAGAAUACUAAGGUGGUUGAGGAGGAUAUGCUCUGUAGAAGUUUAACAAUACCUGGAAAUGUAAGGCCCUCUGGAAAGGGUAAAAUUUUAAUAGAGGAGAUUAAGUAA